AUGGCGAGCACAUCAAUUACGCCGAUGGAGGACGCUAUCCGCAGAAAGGUGAUCGAAGCGUUCAGCCCAACGGACCUGAAGAUCCGAAAUGAUUCCCAUCUUCACUCCCACCACAGAGCCAUGGCGGGCAGUACCUCGCAAGAGACUCAUUUCUAUCUAGAAAUAACGUCCCCAUCAUUCACGUCCAAGCCUCAACCCGCCCGCCACCGCAUGGUCUACAGCCAGCUCAAGGACGAAAUGGCUCAAGAAGGUGGCAUCCACGCGCUCCAGCUCCGCACCAAAACGCCCGAAGAAGAAGAGCGACUGAAAGGCAAAGCUUCUUCAUGA